AUGGGUACCAGUGAUGAGAUAGGAGGAGGUGGUGGUGGUGGUGGUCCAGGGAACUUCUUGUUUGAAAAUCAAACAUGGGCUUCUGUUUUCAGCAGUAUUAAUUCUGAUAAUUCUGGUGGUGUUUGUAGCACUGAAGAACUACAUAAAACUACUACUAGUAUUACUUCUAAGAAACUAAUUGAUUCAACCUCAACUAGCCCUACACUCACACCCACACCAACCCCAACCCCAACCCCAACUCCUACAGCUGUGACACCGCCUGAGCUGGUUGUGGGUCAGACAACCAGUACUGGUCAUCAGAAGCGCAGUAGAGGCGGUGGUAAAAGUUGUACUGGAAAGGGUACUAGUGGUGGUGGAGAUUGGAAUGAAUGUAAAGUUGGCGGUGAAUCAGAUCAUGAAAUACAUAUAUGGACUGAGAGAGAAAGAAGAAAAAAGAUGAGAAAUAUGUUUUCUAAUCUUCAUGCUUUGCUUCCUCAACUUCCUGCUAAGGCGGAUAAAUCAACCAUAGUGGAUGAAGCAGUGAAUUAUAUCAAAACCCUUCAACAUUCACUUCAAAAGCUGCAAAAACAAAGGCUAGAAAUGCUCAGAGGAGGAGGGGGAGGAGGGCCGACAUUAACAACGCCAGCAGUAAUCGACUAUGAACCAUCAUCAUCCCUAGUAGUAGCUUCCAAUUCACCGACAUUGAAUACUAGAGAAGCCUUUUUAGCUGAUCAAGCCGGGCCUUCUUCUGCAUCAUUGAAUAAUAACUCUUCGAGUUCCAUGAUUAACGAUAAUAUGACUUUCUCAUCCAUUCCUUCUACAUUUCAGACAUGGUCUUCGCCAAAUGUAGUCUUGAGCGUGAACGGCGACGAUGCACAAAUUAGUGUUUGUGCACCGAGAAAACCAGGGCUUUUGACUACUUGUUGUUAUGUAUUAGAAAAACAUAAACUUGAAGUAGUAACAGCUCAUGUUUCAUCAGAUUGUUACAGGAGUAUGUUCAUGAUCCAUGCCCAUGCAAAUGGUGCUUGUGAUCAGUUUCCGGAGCCAUUGCCUGUAGAGGAAAUUUACAAGUUGGCAGUCGGGGAGAUGAUAUUCUGGCUCAAUUCUUGA